ACGUCAUCUGCAGUUGAUGAAGAGAAGCCAAAUUAACAAACCAAUUGAAACCCAAACGGAAAUUGAAAGAAAUAGCGAAAGAAAGCAAGAGCGCACUGAACAGUAACUGAAGAGAAGAAGAAGACGAAGUGCAGAAUGGACAACAGAAACGUCGUCGUCUGCGACAACGGAACUGGGUACUGAAAGGUUCCAGGCUCCUGAGGCUCUUUUCACUCCGGAACUUAUAGAUGUUGAAGGUGAUGGAAUGGCUGACAUGGUCUUUAGAUGCAUUCAGGAAAUGGAUAUUGACAAUCGGAUGAUGCUUUACCAACACAUAGUUUUAAGUGGAGGGAGCACCAUGUAUCCUGGAUUACCAAGCCGAUUGGAAAAGGAAAUACUUGAUCGUUAUCUUGAUGUUGUUCUGAAGGGUAACAAAGAUGGAUUGAAGAAAUUGCGAUUAAGAAUUGAGGAUCCACCGCGUAGAAAGCACAUGGUGUACCUUGGAGGUGCUGUACUAGCAGGGAUAAUGAAGGAUUCCAAUGAUUUUUGGAUCGAAAGGGAACAUUAUCUAGAAGAAGGAGUUGCUUGUCUAAGUAGGUUAGGCCAUUAAGGUCUGCGAGACCACACUGAAUGUGGGAGAUCACUUGUUGAGAAGCAAAAGCACAAAAGAGGCCAUGUGAUGUAAAAAAUAUUCAAAGCUCUUAAAACUGCUUCCUCUAAUAGAUUUGCAUUUGAUUGGGUUUUGGCCUUGUAUAGGUUCUCCAAUGCUAUAUUGGAGGCCUAGCUGUUAUAGUGCAUUUUGCAAUCAUGUUUCUUAAUAGGUAAGACAAGAAGAAACCCAUGCAUCCUGUUAUCUUUUCCAACAAGAUUUGUAACUUUGUUAGCAUAAAAGGAUGUUUAAAUAAAGUAAGGAAUACACGUCGUCUGUAAAUUUUUUAAAACUAUAUAAUUUCAUUCAUACUUUGUUGAGAGAGAUUGUAAUACACAUCUAUGAAUGUCGGCAAUUGGCAAUUUAAUCGGUUACAUAAUCCAUCAAAGGAAAUUGUUGUUGUA